CGGCUGCAUGUUGAAAGAAACAUUUCAACCAAACUGUGUGGUCGCCUUUUUCAUUCAAUUGUGAUUUGUAAAAUUAAUAAUUAAUACAUUUUAAUUAAUAAAAAGCUAUCUUUAUUCUAGUAACAGUGUAGUUUACAUUCGUCAAGAUGGCGACCAUGGUUAAAAGCGCCGGAGAUACUUACAAAACGCAGAAAAGCGGCCCAUACCGUGAUAAGAGCAAACCCGUCGACAUACGGUCCAGUAAUAUUACAGCUGCUAAAGCCGUUGCCGAUGCCAUCCGUACCAGUUUGGGUCCCAGAGGCAUGGAUAAAAUGAUCCAGGCUGGUAAUGGGGAAGUCACGAUUACCAAUGAUGGAGCAACCAUUCUCCAGCAAAUGAAUGUUAUGCAUCCGGCUGCCAAAAUGCUGGUGGAAUUAUCCAAAGCUCAAGAUAUCGAAGCCGGUGACGGUACGACUAGCGUCGUUGUUGUAGCCGGAGCACUCUUAGAAGCUUCCGAAAAAUUACUCCAACGUGGUAUUCAUCCCACCAUUAUCUCCGACGCUUUCCAAAAAGCUGCCCUUAAAUCGAUCGAAAUUUUGACUGGUAUGUCAACCCCAGUUCAACUCACGGAUAAAGAAAAUCUUAUUAAAAGCGCUUCAACAUCGUUGAACUCGAAGGUUGUUUCCCAACAGUCAUCUUUAUUAGCUCCAUUGGCCGUCGAAGCUGUUUUAAAAGUUAUUAAUCCGGCUCAAGAUACUAAUAUCGAUUUAAAAAAUAUUAAAGUUUUGAAGAAAUUAGGCGGUACUGUUGAGGAUACCGAACUCAUUGAUGGUUUGGUUUUCACUCAAAGAGCUUCGAAUGUUAACGGCCCUAAAAAAAUUGAAAAAGCUAAAAUCGGAUUAAUUCAGUUUUGUAUUUCGCCUCCGAAACCAGAUAUGGAUCACAACGUUAUUGUAUCGGAUUACGCCACCAUGGAUCGUGUGCUUCGCGAAGAACGUGAAUACAUUUUAAACAUCGUGAAACAGAUCAAGAAAGCCGGAUGUAACGUUCUACUCGUACAAAAAUCUAUCCUACGUGAUGCUCUGAGCGAUUUAGCCGUUCACUUUUUAGAUAAAAUUAAAUGUAUGGUUGUGAAAGAUAUCGAAAGAGAGGAUAUCGAAUUCAUAUGCAAAACUUUGAACUGCAGGCCAAUUGCCAGUUUGGAUCACUUUGUGCCCGAACACUUGGUAUCGGCUGAUUUAGUCGAAGAAAUUCAAGCCGGUGAUAGUCGCAUGGUUAAAGUCAGCGGUAUUCAUAAUCCCGGCCGAACGGUUUCUAUUUUGUUACGCGGUAGUAACAAACUCGUACUGGAAGAGGCCGAUCGAUCUCUACACGAUGCCUUGUGCGUUGUGCGAUGCCUCGUUAAAAACAGAGCUUUGAUUGCCGGCGGCGGAGCUCCGGAAAUCGAAAUAGCACUUCAGUUAGCCGAAUAUGCUCAAGAAGUCUCCGGCGUUGAGUCGUAUUGCUUUAGAGCUUUCGCUCAAGCUAUGGAAGUCAUACCGUGCACGCUGGCCGAAAACGCCGGAUUGAAUCCGAUCGCCACUGUGACCGAAUUGAGGAAUCGUCACGCUAACAAAAACGACUCUAAUAAGAUUUAUACCGGAAUUAAUGUUCGCAAGGGUGCUAUAACUAAUAUGUUGGAAGAGAACGUAGUUCAACCUUUAUUAGUAUCUACUAGUAUGAUUACUUUGGCCUCGGAAACUGUUCGAAGUAUUCUUAAAAUUGAUGAUAUCGUAAAUACUAUGAAGUAAAAAUAAUUCGAUCAAGUCGUACCGCUUUUUUGGGUUCCAAAUUGAACGUCAGCCUUUUCUACGUUAAUAACUAAAAUAAUUAUGUUCAGUGAAAAUUUACAUUCUGUAGAUGAUACACGAAUUUCACCUAAAAUUAACUUGUCUUUAUUUAUUUAUGUUAAUUUUUUUUCUUAAUUAUUUAACUUUUGUAUUAUAAAGUUUGAAAUUUUAUAAUGAAAUGAAACAAUAUAACUAUUAAAGUAAA